GUCGCGUUCCCUGCGCGCAGUCUCUCAUUUUAAGAUGGCGGACGUGGAGGUAGCGUCAGUGAAGAAGAAGAAGAAAGCAAAGAAAGUCAGUGAAGAAGAAGUCGGGGAUAUCCAGCAGAGUGGAGACUUCUUCAUCCAACCAGAGGCUAAGGUUGUCACUCUGGACACGUCUCAGUGGCCUCUCUUGUUAAAGAAUUUUGACAAAUUGAAUGUCCGGACCACUCACUACACCCCACUGCCGAGUGGCAGCAACCCGCUGAAGAGGGGCAUCCAGGACUACGUCAGGUCAGGCUUCAUUAACUUGGACAAACCAGCAAACCCGUCGUCUCAUGAGGUGGUGGCGUGGAUCCGGAGGAUCCUGCGGGUAGAGAAGACAGGUCAUAGUGGGACGCUCGACCCGAAGGUCACAGGCUGUCUGAUUGUGUGCGUCGACCGGGCCACGCGAUUGGUCAAAUCUCAGCAGAGCGCUGGUAAAGAGUAUGUGGGAAUCGUUCGGCUGCACAACGCAAUAGAGAGCGAACACACUCUCGCUCGGGCUUUGGAAACGCUGACUGGCGCUUUGUUCCAGCGGCCGCCGCUGAUCGCUGCCGUGAAACGCCAGCUGAGAGUACGAACGAUCUACGAGAGCAAACUGAUAGAGUACGACCCCGAGAGGAGGCUCGGUAUCUUCUGGGUAAGCUGUGAAGCAGGAACUUACAUCCGGACUCUGUGCGUCCACCUGGGUCUGCUGCUCGGAGUCGGUGGUCAGAUGCAGGAACUGAGGAGAGUCCGGUCCGGGGUUCUGGGUGAGAAGGACAACAUGGUGACUAUGCACGAUGUCAUGGAUGCUCAGUGGCAGUUCGAUCACAACAAAGACGAGUCGUAUCUCAGGAGAGUUAUCUUCCCCCUGGAGAAGCUGCUCGUGUCCCAUAAGCGGCUGGUGAUGAAGGAUAGCGCUGUGAACGCCAUAUGUUACGGCGCGAAGAUUAUGCUGCCUGGUGUCCUCAGGUACGAAGACGGCAUUGAGGUGAACCAGGACAUAGUCGUCAUAACGACCAAGGGGGAGGCCAUCUGUACAGCUGUCGCUCUGAUGACGACGGCUGUAAUCUCCACGUGUGACCAUGGCGUUGUGGCAAAAAUAAAGAGGGUGAUCAUGGAGAGGGACACGUAUCCUCGGAAGUGGGGUCUGGGACCAAAGGCGAGUCAGAAGAAGAUGAUGAUCCAGAAAGGACUCCUCGACAAACACGGAAAACCAAACGGAAGCACGCCGCAGGACUGGAAGAACCAAUACGUCGACUACAGCAUCGCUAAGGUGACAGAGGAGCCAUGUGAUGCUUCAGCAAAGAGAAAGAGGGAGGCAACGGAUAGUGAAGGUGAAGCGGUGACACCGUCCACGCCAUCUGCAGAGGAAGUGAAGAAAGAGAAGAAGAAGAAGAAAGAAAAAAGAGCCAAAGUGGAGGAGGCAGAGCCUGCAGAGGAGGGGGCGGAGCCUGAGACCGAGGUUGUUGAAAGUGCCAAGAAGAAGAAAAAGAAGAAGAAACAGAAAGAUGGCGACGCCUCAGAGUGACAAUGGAUCUACAAGUUAACUGGAUGCUUUCACAGACUCCACCCACUGUCACACCUGUCUGAAUGCAAAGCAUUCUGGGAGUGUAAUAAUAAUGGACUGCAUGAACGCAGAGAGGAUGGUUUUUGUUUUUUAUAUAAAUUUUACUUUGUUGUUGUAAAUACCUAAAGAGAGCCUGUUUUGUAAUUUCAAAAUAAAAGUCUUUUCUGUCUUCAGAAACAUGAAAAUAACUCUACUUCAGACUGUUUCUAUUUUACUGAAAAGAUGUAGAAGCCUAAAUAAAAGUCUCAUAUUUCA